AUGACGGGAGUUCCCCAAGUGCCCAGGAGUGAUUUCUUUUCUGCUUCCAUCACUCCACAGGCUCUUCAAGCCACUGCUACUGGUGUUGGUUCAGCAGAGCGAACCUUAUGGGCACAACAGUUCCAGACCUUUAUGCACCAGGCCUUUGACCAGUUUAUGUCAUCUUCCAUGGCACAGGGGUGUCCACAGGUACCGCCUCCUCCACACUUGUCCGUAGGUCGCACUGGGCACACCCAGUCAGCGGGCUCCGGUAUUUCUGAGACUUCAUCUCAGCUUGGAGAGGCUGAGUCUGUGGACCUGGAGACAACUGACAUCCCUAUGUAUGAGGAUGAAGAGAUGGCUCCGGAUCCAACCCCAACAUCGGGUCUCUUUGAUCCUUCUCUAUUUAGGUCUCUUUUGUUAAAGGCCUGCACCACAGCCAAUUUGGUCACAGAGCAGGAGCCUAAACCGUCUACCUCCACUGCACAGGAGUCUAAUCCUUUGUUUGCAAUGAAGGUUGUGGAGGAAAAACAGGUUCCUUGUCCAGCUGUUUUCCACACUAUGGUGGAGAAGCAGUGGUCUUCAAUGGCCACUUUACCUCCACCCAAUAGCACAGAAAAGAAACUGUUUAAUGUUUCAUCCACAUUUUCUUCCCUCCUAGAAGUACCUACAGUAGACACUCCCUUAACCUCACUGUUCUCCACAUCCACGAUUCCUGGAGAUAUGGCGGAGGCUCUCAAGGCGGAGGAUAAAAGGUUCGAGUUUUCCCUCCACAGGGUUCAUCAGGCUUCAGCCUGGGCAAUCAGGGCUGCAACAUCCUCAUCCUUUUUCGCGAGGACUUCCAUUAUGUGGCUCCGUGAGUUGCAGGCUCUAAUCCCUCCGGAUCAGGUGCGUGCACAACAGACCUUAGGAACGCAAAGACAGCAUCAGAUCUCUAGUUCACAGGAUCUGGAAAGAGAAGGUGGUUCCACUUGUCCAGCUGUCUCAGCUGUUGGGAAAGAUGAUCUCAGGCCUAGGAAUAGUGCCGUGGGCAAGACUUCACUCCAGACACCUACAGUGGUUCAUACUCCCUUUCCAGAAGUGGAACAUGAGUGCUUCCACACGGAAGCCUCUAGACGUCCUUCAACCAAUAGGAUUUAUGAUGCCACGUGGAGAUAUUUCUGCGUGUGGUGUAACACUCUGAAGGUUGACCUGCUGGCUGUCACCAUCCUGAUCAUAUUAGACUACCUUUUAGAGGGCCUGAACAAAGGACUGUCUCAUAAUACCAUUCACAGACAGAUUGCAGCAUUAUCCACUGUGCUCACUUGUGAGAAUCGGGUCCAGUUAUCACAUCAUCUGGCAGUUACGGCCUUCCUUGAGGGAGCCGUUAACACUGGUCUUCCUGUGGUACAUAGAUAUCCCACAUGGGACUUGCCAAAGGUGCUGCAGGUCCUCACUGGGUCACCGUUUGAGCCCAUUAGAUCUUGCUCUCUGCACUUUCUUUCCUUGAAAGUAGCCUUUUUGGUAGCCAACACAUCGGCACGACGUAUUUCAGAACUGGCCGCGCUCUCAGUCAGGAGUGACCUGUCUCCAGAAUGCCUUCCAGAAGGACAUCGUAUUCUCCAUCAUGCCUAUCGUAGCAUCAAUUUUGAUUCUCUGGAAUUGCAGGAAAAAGCCAUUCAGGACAUGAUUUGUGAUCAUUCCCUUCCACAAGGCUGGUACCGCUUCAUGAUUGAAAACAAGCCUGCAGAAAUGCCAACUAGGUGUAUCGAAAUGAACAAAUGUGGAACACAAGCCCCAAUCUGGCUCUCCCUUCAGUCAGAUUCUCUCCCACGUCCUGGAGAAAGAAAGGCACUGACUGCCUGCGCAACCUGGCAAUUCUUUUCUGGAAGCACUAAAGACUGUUGCCUCUUCCAAAUCCCCAUCUCAGUUAGACACUGUGGGGAGUUCCUUGUUUAUCUCCUGCAACCUACUCAAGGGUGCAUGGGCUACUGUGCAGAAGAAUCACAGCUCAACUCUUUUGAUCCCAAAAGGACUGAAUCAGAAGACAUCAUUCAAGGGAAAUUCCAAAUUCCAGUUUUACACCCAGUUGUUACUCCUGAGCUUUUGGGGUCCCAGGUCUACCUAAAAUGCACUUUCAGCAGUCUAACUUCAAAUUGGGCUAUAGGCUAUACAGUGAUCUGGUCACGACUUUCUACAUCCAAUGUGAAAGAACAGCUUCAUCAUGACACAACUGUGCAGACAUUCUCCUACGUGGAGAUGGAUGGAAUUAAUUUCAGAUUGGGAGAUACGGUCUUUUGCACUGUCACAGCUUUUAGGUGGGACGCAGCUGAUCGUCACUCUUCCCCUGAACAAAGCGAUGGAUUCUACGCUGGAAUCAAGUUUGUACCAGACUCUUUACAAAUUGCAGAGGAUGGAAAGGAACAUAUUUUGACAAUCUUAAGUACCAUUCCUAUUAUAUGUUUGGCCCAGGAUGACAUCUGUAAAAUUACUUUACAGCUAAGUACUCAGAUUUCCACUAACUUGUUAGAAAGGAGACCGAACAUAGCCCUUUCAGCAUGCCACGUGGAUCUGGAACAAAGGCCCUGCCAAGAAAGCAGCUGUGCAAGAGCAACACUUGCUGUAAAAGCUGUGAAUGACUUUGUAGAAAAUGGAAACUUUAUCAGUUAUAUCACAGCUAAGCCAUUUCAGCCAAGUAAAUCUCUGUGGCGUGAUUAUAAACCGAUGGAUGUCAAGGUCACAGUUCAAGACAUCCCUGCAGGUUACUGCUACUCUUUCACAGAUCCACACAUAAUCACAUUUGAUGGACGGCAUUACAGUAACUACAUGAUUGGAACUUUUGUCUUAUACAAGAGCCUUAGCCGUCUAUUUGAGGUGCAUGUACGUCAGUGGGACUGUGACAGCCACCAUACUGCCAUUGCCUGUAACUGUGCUGUUGUUGCACUAGAAGAUAGUGAUAUUGUUAUUGUUGACAUGUGCAACAGGCAAUUUCUGGAAACCAAAUCUCAGGUGAUAAUACAAAACAUCAGAGCCUCAUCACAACAAAAUGUCAAAAUCAUGAAGUCCUAUGGAGGAAAAAAAAUCACUAUCUUGUUCCAUUCAGGAGCCUUUGUUCGAGCUGAUCUUAAUGACUGGGGAAUGAGUUUGACAGUAAGGGCACCGAGUAGUGAUUUUAACAGGACCAGAGGUUUGUGUGGCACUUUUGACAGAAAUAGUCAGAAUGACUUCCACAGGGCUGAUGGGAGCUCUUUAUUUUCUCACCAGAAUAGCACAACUGAGGAGAACUUCAUAGAAGCCUGGAGGAUAGCUCCAGGAAUGAGCCUGUUUGACAACAUUCCCUCCUCCUCGAAAUGGCAAAAGACAGAAAAUUUCUGUUUAUGUCAGACGGAGCCUGAAUCAUACUUGCAGCCUUUAAAUUCUCUGCAUACUUUUUGGAAUUCUCCCCCACAAUUUUUGGAUUGCCAUGAUGAGAAAAUUUAUUAUACUUCCAUAAUUCCAUAUCUAGAUGUCACAUCAGAUUAUGUCAUUCACCUGAAAGCAGAUCCUUUAUUAUAUGACGAGCAAAGUGUUGCUAGUAUCUCUAAUAAUUGGGAAGAUCUCCAAAGAGAAAAAAGGCAAGGCUCUUUGGAAUAUUCACCUAUUUUCUCUUUCAAAAGUCCAACUGACUUGGAAAGUUUUUCAUAUUUUUUCCCAGAAGAUUAUUUUGAAGGGAAGUGGCCUAACGUUCAGACUACGUGGCCAACUCCAAGCGGCCUGACCUCAGCUGAGGUCUUAACACAUUGCAAGACAUUGCUUGAAAAUUCGGCCAUUGGCUCAGCUUGCAAAGGGUUUCUUGGCACCCAACUUGAUGUGGCCAUUGAAAUGUGUCUUUCAGAUGUGCAGAUUAAGGAUGAUCUCAAAUGGGGAGAAUUACUUAUUCCAUUUUUGGAAAAUGUCUGUGAAAAAAAGGUCAUUUUAGAAAAUGUAACUGAAUAUGAGAUACCUGAUAUCCAUCACAAAAUUGUCACAGCAUUGAGAUGUCCAAAUCUCUGUAAUGGCCAUGGACAGUGCACUAUAAGGGGCUGUCAAUGUUUUGAAGGCUACACCUCCUAUGACUGUAGAAUUGCCAAUGAGCACUCUGUGGAGAUUACCAGUCUACUCAAUGGUGGCUUCUGCGAUUUAAGAUUUUCCAACUGUAACAACAUCCAAGUGUAUGGAGUUGGCUUUAAUGACUCUCCUGAUCUUCACUGUGAAAUCACCAGACUGACUUAUCACAAUGGUGAAUGGAUAGCCAGAGAACACGAAAUCACAAAAGCAACAUUUUUGAAUCUGACAGUGGUUGAAUGCUUAAUCCCUCUUCAGAACUACAUAGGAACAGAAAAUCUUCAUUUCAAGAUUGAUAUUGAACCAUAUGCAAGAUGGCAAGUGAAAAUUUCUAAUGAUGGAUUCCAGUACAGCAAUUCAAAAGUUCUGACCUUGUAUGAUGGACUUUGUCAGGAUUGCAAAUUCUGUCAAAAUGGGCUUUGCAAAUUAAAGGAAAAUACAUGCAAAAUAGAUGGCUUGUGCUAUGCAAAGGGUGAUCCAAGUCUCACCAGCUCUUGUCUUUUUUGUGAGCCAUCAAUUUCUAAAUUUACUUGGUCUAUUAAUAAAAACAACCUGCCACCUGUGUUCCUGGCCCCCUCCAAUCAGCUUUUAACGUUUGCAGGGGAGACUUUUGUUUAUCAGCUGCAAGCAGUGGAUCCUGAGAGAUCAGCCGUGCUUUUUGCUUUAGAAGCUGGCCCUCCAGGAGCCUCCCUCUCUCCUGCUGGCCUUCUCAUCUGGCAGGUCCAUUCUGGAGAAGAAAAGAGUUUUGAAUUCACGGUAUCCGAUGAAUGCAAUGCACAAAGCAGACAUUCAGUGCAGAUUUCAGUGAAGCCUUGUGGCUGCUUGAACGGUGGAACUUGCAUCACCAACAUUAACUUCCCUCCUGGUGUUGGAGAAUAUCUGUGUAUGUGUCCCAGUGAAUUUGAAGGGGAACAUUGCCAGAACAGCCAUACUCAUUGCAAAUCAAAUCCAUGCGGUGUUGGUUCUUGUAUUGGUGGAAUAGACAGCUACCAGUGCAAAUGUCCAGCAGGGUGGAGAGGGCAUACUUGUCAAGAGGAUAUAAAUGAAUGUGAAGCAAAUGCUUGUUUUCCUGAUGUCUCCUGCACAAAUACCAUGGGGUCUUUUGAAUGUGGCAGCUGCCCUAUUGGGAUGAAAGGUGAUGGUAGAAAUUGCAAGUCUGAAGACUUUGCUGGCAGAAUAGAAGCCUUCAUUACUAAUAAUCAUAACAUCAAAGGUGAAUGGAAAACAAGUGAAAGUGAACAGCUUGAGAAAGGCCAAGAAGCAAGGACUUUGUCGGCAAUUAAGUAUGUUAAUACCAGCAAGAUCCAUGGUCAUGCAGGAGUUCUACCAUCUCUUACUAACUGUGCUAAUAGACCUUGUUUUCCUGGAGUAUUGUGUAUUGACCGCAAACCUCCAAAGACUGGAUACUUCUGUGGCCGAUGUCCAGUUGGUCUAAAUGGGAAUGGACGAAUCUGCACAAAGGCAUCUAGAACAGUGUCAAGUUCUGCCAAACGUUUGUCUGAUGUAACUGUGAAAGUCCCUGGGGAAGCCAACAUCUCCCUUACCCAAGGUGUUAUAAAGAAUUUACAAGAUAUUGAUUCUGCAUCUUCACAAGAUCAUAUUCCAAAAUUAGAAACAAUCUUUCAUAUAGCAAGAUAUCCCUUAACUAUUGAUAUCCAAUCUCCACUCAAAGAAAAAGUGGUGCCUCUGUCUCCUAUACCAUCUAUAGGAAAAACCUUUCCAUUCAGCAAAGUGAAAAAUGGCACACAGGGAGCCCUUCUUCAAAAAAAUGAAGCAGGAGCUGCUAAAAUACUCUCAGACUAUGAACUACAGAUUCAAGCAGAUAUCACAAGGAAUACCUCCGCUCAAGAAGACAUGGGCACAAAGCUGCAUGCUAUUCAACAGAGCCAUACCUCAACUGAUCUGACACCUUCUGGAAAAUAUCUUGGGAUUUCAGCUACCCAGACUAAUUCUGACCAUGGUUCUAAAGCAAAGCAUUUGAGACAGUCCGUAUGGACCACACUGUCUUCUUUCCAUUGGAAAACAUCAUUUUCUCUUCGUGUAAAUCAGCGUAGCCAGGCACUAGAGAGCUCUGUGCAGUCAAGAAUUUCAGGAAGGACUGCUUCAUUCAGAAAGCCUUAUGCCUCAGGUGUAAACCAUUUGGCAAUUGACUGGAGAUCACUUAAUAAGCAACUCAACUGUGCACAUAUGCCAUGUUUCCCUGGUGUGCCCUGUGAAUCAACAAAGGAUCAGGCAUUCAAAUGUGGACCCUGCCCCUUUGGAUACAGUGGCGAUGGAAUACAGUGUUAUG